AUGGGUUCUUCGCUCGAGAAGGAGUCCAAGAUAUCAAAGACAUCGGUGCUUACGGAAGCGGAAAAGGAGCAGUUUAUUCAGCAUGGCUGGGUGAAGAUUGAAGGCGCUUUCACCGAGGAGCAGGCGGCCUGGGUCACCCAGGACGUCUGGACUCGGCUGGGCAUGGCUCCAGACAACAAGUCGACCUGGAAUCAGGAGCGUGUUCACAUGCCAGGACAUCGGACCUUUGACUGUGCAAAACUCGCUCCUAGAGCAUGGGCUGCCAUCUGCGAGAUAUGUGGCGGAGAAGACAAGGUUAGGCCAGAGUCUCGGUACUGGCAAGACUCCCUCAUUGUCAACCUGGGGACUGUUGAGAACGAGGGAAAACCUGUUCCCCCCCAGCAGUUGUACGGGUGGCAUGUCGAUGGCGACUUUUUCGUACACUACCUCGAUAGUGCGGAACAAGGUCUUCUGGUCAUCCCGCUGUUCACAGACAUUGUGCCCGACGGUGGAGGCACCGUGAUCUGCCCCGAAGCGAUGCCCAAGGUCGCAGCUUGGCUACAUGAUCACCCAGAAGGUGUCAACCCUCGGAUGAUCCCUCGAGGAGAGCCCGGCUUUGAAAAGGAAGGGCCGACCGACUGGUUUAACAGUAUGGCGAGAAGCUGCACAAACUUUGUUGAGGCGGGCGGCAAAUGCGGUGAUGUUUACUUGUUGCACCCUCUGAUGCUGCACUCGGCGUCGACAAACCCGCUCCGCCGGAAAGGACAGACGCUAUACUCUGGUGGAGCGCGCAACGUUAAGAGCCCUCGGAAGGGAAAGCCUACCAAACUGGAAGAUCACUGCGCCAAGGGAGAUGGUGGUACCAGAGAGAGUGCGCAGGCAGGAGAAAAUGAAGGCGGAAGAACUGGCACGUCUGCAAAAGGGUACAGCGGCCAUAGAUGCAUGAGAACUUGA